AUGUAUGAAAUGAUGAGACAGUGUCUGCAGGACCUCAUGGAUCAGGUGCUGGAGGUGCGGGCCGUUGAGGGACAGACACUUGAUUUGCUGGAACACACGGCAGCUAUACGAUGGACCACCGUUGCCUUCGCCACUAAAACCCAGCCCUACAACAACCCCGACAACCAAUUCGUGAGAUGUGCCGCCGCUUUGGGAGAUCUCAAUGUUUUGGGCGAAAUACUGGCCAUACUUUUACCCAAAUUUGUUUGCCGUCUAUUGGGCUAUAAGUCGAGUAAUAAUGAAAGUAAUAAUGAAUUCCUGAUGAAUGCCAUCAAACAUGUUAUAAGACAACGAAAGGCUGAACCAAAUAGUGGUGAGAAAUACAAUGAUUUCAUUCAACUCCUGUUGAACGCGGAGGCGUCCGAUAAGGGGGUGCCGGACGAGGCCAGCGAUGCCACUGAAUCUCAUCACAUUAACCAGGGCGCCGAAGAGGCAGACGUCGAACGGAAAGUCCUAUCAAUGAAAUACAAACACAACACUAUGACCGAGGAGGAGAUCAUAGCCCAGAGUUGGCUAUUCAUUUUGGCCGGUUAUGACACCACCGCCAAUACACUGAUGUUCUGCUCCUAUGAGUUGGCAAUGAAUCCCGAAAUACAGGACCGGAUCUACGAAGAGGUGGAGGCGGUGGUCGACCCGACCGGUGAGAUCGGUUACGACGACUUGACUCGACUGCCCUUUUUGGACGCCGUGCUGUCGGAGUCCCUACGGAAAUACCCGCCGAUUGUAAUGUUGAGCCGACAGGCAGUGAACGACUACACAAUACCCGACCCGGGAAUUGUGAUCCCGAAGGGGCAGCACAUUGAGAUACCUGUUUAUGCUGUACACCAUAAUCCAGAAUAUUACCCAAAUCCAGAUAAGUUUGAUCCAGAUAGAUUUAUGCCAGAAAAUAGAGACAAAAUCAAGCCCUACACAUACCUGCCCUUUGGUGCCGGUCCUCGCAAUUGCAUUGGUAUGCGAGUGGCGCUAAUGGAGGCCAAGCUAUGUAUCGCACAUCUGGUCAGACGAUAUACACUGUUCCCCUCUAAUGAGACACCCGUUCCCAUUAAAUACAGGGUUGGGAAGUUGGUAUUAGCCACUGGUAAAGUAAUUGUUGGCAUUAAAAAGCGUUAA